ACGCCUGACCACUCGCUUGUGCCUUCCCACUCUGCCCAGCUUAGUCCCCCCACACCACCAACGUCAACGUGGACUUUGACCACUACGCUGCUGUUUGCAUUUCACCGCCGAUACUAUGCCGAGGAAGGCGUUCAUAUCUGACCUCCAGAAGGCGGUCGCUGGCGUUCAGGUUGUCGGCAUUGCAGAUGUGCACCCUGGAGGUGAUGAUGGCGAGUUCACGUUCCAGUGUCUUGCAGAUGGAGAGUCGUUUCAGAUCUCAGCUCUUGUUCCAGACGUAUCUGAGUAUCCCUCAAAUCAUACCUACAUGAUCUUUGCCCCAGACGAUGCUCCAGCCAGUGUGGCUAGCGCCUUAGCCGAUAUAGCCGAUUCUGCUACUGGAAAGUCUAUCAUUCAGAUGCUCGAGCUUGCUUCACGAAAUCUUGAGUCCACCGAUCGAGACGGUGAUCAGCAGAUGCUCGACUCGCAAGAAGACUUUGAAGACCUAGAUGACGAAUCGGAUGAUGAUGAAGUUGACGAGUACUUUCCUGACGAUGAUAUGGCCCCGAAACCUGUCCUUGGUAAGCAGGAUACUGCUUCAAGUAUAGAAGGCUAUAUCAAACCUACGUCGGAGUUCAGGCAUCGAAUUCGGUCCGAUUUGAUGACUGCUAAAGCUCAUGGCUUCAAAGUAGGUCAUUUGGGUGGACUUCUGGACGGCCUUGGAUGCUACAUAAGCCUUUCAACUCGCCUAUCAAAGUUAGGUAUUUCGGAAGAAGCAAUGCAAGCUUGGCAAGUUGAAGCGUCGGAGUAUCUGGUCGUGAUAUUUCACUACCCGAAUGGGUAUAAGAGCAUGGAUUCGCUAAAGUCAUACGACGCUCCUACAGCGCGACGUAACUUUGGAGUCCGUGUAGGCAUUAGCUCCACGUACAAGCCGACUAUGCAAGAAGCAAUCCGUGCCUUCACCGUCCUAAAUAAGGAGGACGAGAAGCGCCGAGGGAAGGAGUCUCAAGCUGAAUCACAGAGCACACUUCACAAGGGGUUCCGCAACUCUUUCAUUUCCAGGCCGCUCAACGAACUUCUAGAUGAGCGCUUUCCCACGCUUCUCCACUACCGCUACAAUGGGAUGCCAUGGUCAGGAGCCGAGCAGUUCUAUAACGAUCACUACGGUAGUAGGCAUGCCCAUUCAGACCUAGGGCUCAGUGACCAGUACCUCGAACCAGAGAAUGCCAGUGCCACAUAUCCUGCUCUCGUCUCGGCAGACCACAUACACGAAUCGCCCACGCAAGAACACUCUCUCCCACUCAUCGGCAUGCAAUUCGUUCUUCGGCACUUUGUGCGCUGCACGGAGUUUUGCCUCAUUUGUUUCACCAAGAUGCCCGACGACCUUCAAGCUAUCAAACCAUACGUAUGCGAUAAGCCUUUGUGUCUAUACCAGUACAUGUCUUUAGGAUUUGGCCCAAGCAUUGAGCACGAGAUACUUUCUCAACCCAAGGUUGUUGACUUACUGAUUAGCUUUUGCUACUCGAGCGCGAGGUUGGGACGCUUGAAAGACUUCCCGACAGGUUUAAGCCUGAUGGUUCCACCAAGUGGCUCAUAUGAGCAAGACUAUAUCAAUCAGCAACAACAACACUACUCCGCGUGGAACGCCCAGCCUGCGGUAGCCCCUCCCGUGUCGACUACCAUCGGUGCUGAGCAAGUACAGAUGGUACGGUAUAACGCGGUCGCCCAGGAAAUUCUCUUCGAGGAUAAGAAGGAGAAAUGUCCAUUCCGCGCUGGGGACUGGAUAAUUCUCCGCACAACCGAUGACCCGGGCUGGCCUAUGCACUGUCGUGUUUCCGAUACAUCUCUUUAUCCCACUGUCCAUGUGGCUGAGCCAGUCAUCCCUGCGAGCAUCAAUCAGGGGCUAGCGAACCCUGCUCAGUACUCAACUUACGGUAAUCAGUACAAUCCAACUCCUAGCCUUGCCGCACAGACUCUACCGCAGCCCGUUGCACCAGUUGCCAUAAACGAGUUUCGGCCCGCCAAAUUUUACACGUACAACCAGAAUUUCGACGAGAUGGAUGAUUUCCACAAGAGGGAGGCUAUUUAUGCGCUACUUGAUAUCCUUCCGAAUGUCAACGACAUGAAACAAUAUCUUGCACGAAAGGCGCAAUCUCCACUAAGCUCUUGGAUCGACCGCCUUCCUCCAGCGGUUCUAGGGAUCCUGCGCUGGAUCAUUGCGUCUAAUCGAGCUUGUAUAAUGCAGGCCGAGGAAGAGGACGAAAGUGGUCUGAGCAAGAAGGGUGAGGAGCGCCUGUACGGCAUGGCCGGAUGGACUCAAUUCAGGUUUGCCAUGGGAGCGCCUGACAAAGAGCGACGUUUCAUCCAUGCAGUGCGAGAGACCACCGAGCGCUUGAAGCUGAAGUAUCCGACCCUAUUUGCUUGGCAUGGUAGUCCCCUUGUCAACUGGCACAGCAUCAUUCGCGAGGGCCUUCAUUUCAACGAUACUGCCCACGGUCGUGCUUAUGGUCAUGGCGUGUACCAUUCACUCGAUUUCAACACCAGCAUGGGCUACUGCGGUUACGGGCCGGCAAGCCAUACAUGGCCUGUGAGCGACCUGAAGGUUGGUUCCGCAUUGGCGUUGAACGAGAUUGUCAAUGCUCCUAAGGAGUAUGUCAGUGCGAGCCCCCAUCUGGUCGUUGCACAACUCGAUUGGAUCCAGACUCGUUACCUGUUUGUUAAAACUAAUACCAACAAUUAUACCACGGUCCCCACUAGUACCAAGGAGGUCAAGCCGCUUCAGAGCAUUGAUCAAGACCCAAACAUGAGGCCUAAGGGUUGCUCUGAUAGUUUGAUCAUUCCUAUCCACGCCGUUUCGGGGUCACGCCGACCCCAGUCUCGCUCCGUGAAGGCCGCCAAUAAAAGGAGGAAAGCGACUGGUAGCAGCGCUUAUGAUCCCAUUGAUCUCGAUGCAGACGAUGACGAUGACGGUGCUAGUAUCGCAACCCUCGACGAAGAUCUGACCAUCUUUGAAGACGAGGAUAUUUAUAUGCCGCAGCCCGAUACGGAUCCCCUUCCGACGCCGAACUCGACGAAAGGCAAAUCUAAGGCAUCCGGAUUCUUGUCCAAACUUGUUGGAUCGAAGUCUUCGAAGCCUCUGACGGAUUAUGUGCCAGGCACCUUGGAUUAUUCGACCUUACCAAUGCUUCAACCCCCAGCCUGGGCAACUAGCUCAGCCACCAAGCGACUCCAGCGGGACUUCAAAGAGUUGCUAAAGGUCCAAGAAAAGGAGCCGACGCAUGAGCUUGGGUGGCACAUUGAUGCCGACAAAAUUGAAAACAUGUACCAGUGGAUUGUGGAGUUGCACUCCUUCGACCAGACCCUCCCAUUGGCAAAGGAUAUGAAGGCAAAGGGUCAUAAAAGUAUUGUUUUAGAGCUCCGCUUCGGCAAAGACUACCCCAUGAGUCCUCCCUUCGUUCGGGUCAUUCGUCCACGCUUUUUAGGCUUCCAGCAGGGUGGUGGUGGACAUGUGACGGCUGGCGGCGCGCUGUGCAUGGAGCUCCUGACGAACAACGGUUGGAGUGCUGUCUCCUCGAUCGAAUCCGUCCUCCUUCAAGUGCGCAUGGCUAUGUCUAGUCUAGACCCCAAGCCAGCACGUCUCGAUAAUCACGGUCGUCAGGACUAUGGCGUCGGCGAGGCUGUCGAAGCAUAUAUCCGAUCAUGCAACGUCCAUGGCUGGACGGUGCCAGCUGGAUUCAGGGAGAUGGCUUAUGGAGGUGAUCAAGAUACGAGUCAUGGCUACUAUUGAGUGCAC